UUGGAUUUAAUUUAUUCCAUAAUUUUAAUCGUGUUCCAUAAAGAUAAUAAUAAAGAUAAUCCCACUUAGAAAUGUAAGUGAAAUUAUUAUCUACCUGGGAGAUAUAUCCCGCAUGGAACAUUUAAAAAUUUGCGAUUUUCGGGGUUAUUAUCCCACAGAAUCGUGGAAUUAAUAUCUUUCGGGGAUUUUACCCCCCAUCCUCAAUUGCUCAGCUGAAGAAAAUCACAACAAAUGCAAAAUGUAUAUGUGGAAUACUUCAUCUUCAUCCUCGGGAACUCAAAGAACAUUAAAUUCUAACCCGCAAACACCAACUCAAUUAGAUGAACAAGACAAGCUUCUUAGUGAAGCCCUUGGUGUCGUCCGAAACCAAGCGAUAUUAAUGAAAAGAAAUCUGGACAAGAAUCGCUUAAUGGAUGGACUUAAAUGUGCAAGUACGAUGCUUGGAGAGUUACGAACUAGUUUGUUAUCACCAAAAAGCUACUAUGAACUGUAUAUGGCAGUGACCGACGAACUCCGUUUUCUGGAAGUUUAUUUAUGUGACGAGUUCCAAAAAGGACACAAAAUCACUGAUUUAUAUGAACUUGUUCAAUAUGCAGGAAAUAUUGUUCCUCGUCUCUAUUUACUUAUAACUGUCGGUCUGGUAUACAUCAAGUCAAAUCCAGCAACAAAGAAGAGUAUAAUGAAGGAUUUAGUUGAAAUGUGUCGUGGAGUUCAAAAUCCAUUACGUGGAUUAUUUCUUCGUAAUUAUCUACUUACACUCCGUAACAUUCUACCUGAUUCUCCACCGACUAAGGAUGAUGAAUGUGGAAAUGUACAUGACUCGAUUGAUUUCAUCUUGACAAACUUUGCUGAAAUGAAUAAAUUGUGGGUUCGGAUGCAACAUCAAGGACAUUCAAGUGAAAAAUCAAGACGUGAGAAGGAACGUGAAGAAUUAAAAAUUCUCGUUGGCACCAAUCUCGUUCGUUUGUCUCAACUCGAUUCAGUAAACUUGGAAAUUUAUCAGAAAAUCAUUUUACCAAGUAUCUUGGAGCAAGUUGUCAGCUGUAGAGAUGCAAUUGCACAAGAAUAUUUAAUGGAGUGCAUCAUUCAAGUAUUCCCUGAUGAAUUUCAUCUUCAAACGUUAGAUCCAUUCUUGAAAUCGUGUGCUCAACUUCAAUCAGGCGUGAACGUUAAAUCAAUCAUAAUUUCAUUGAUUGAUCGACUUUCUGCUUAUCAUCAACGUCAUGAGAAAUCACAACCAGAUUCAACGAGUGAUGCUUCAGUAAUUCCAAUUGAUGUUCAGCUAUUUGAUGUAUUUAGUGUUCAGAUUGAAAAUAUCGUACAGAUUCGCACUGAUAUGCCAUUGGAGGAUACAAUCUCAUUACAAGUUGCUCUGGUUAAUUUAGCUCAGAAGGUGUAUCCAGAUCAAAUUGAUUAUGUUGAUAAGGUUCUUGAGACAACGACUCAAAUUUUAGAAAAUUUGAAUAUGUCAUGUAUUAAUCAGUCACUCACAGUAAAUCAAGAAUUGUCAAGAUUGUUAAGGAUUUGUAUUGAUUUUUACAAUAACAUUCUCACAAUUUUGAAUCUGAAGUAUUUCCCAAAAAUACUAACCAAGUUUGAUUAUCAAUCAAGAAAGAGUCUGUCACUUUACUUGGUAAUGAAUAUAUUGGACAAUGAAACCUUAAUUCCAACUGAUGAGCAUGCUGAUAAUGUUCUUGAGAUGUUAUCACCAUUAAUUAAGGAUCAAGAAGAUCAGCCAGCAGAUGGUCCAGAUGCAGAUGAUUUUGCGGAAGAACAAGGAAUUGUUGGACGGUUUAUUCACCUAUUAAAGUCUGAACAUCUUGAUAUGCAGUACAAAAUUCUACAAGUUGCCCGAAAGCAUUUUGGCUCAGGUGGAACUCAAAGAAUCAAGUAUGUCCUGCCAUCACUCGUAUUCCAAGCAUUUCAACUUGCUUACAAAUACAAAGCAAUUGCAGCUGAGGAUGAAAAUUGGGAUAAAAAGUGUCAAAAGAUUAUUCAGUUCUGUCACACAACAAUUACUUCGAUUGCACGAGCCGAACUUCCUGAUUUGGCCUUAAGAUUAUUCUUACAAGGUGCAUUAUGUAUUGGAAAAAUUGGUCAAACCAACUAUGAAGCUGUUGCCUAUGACUUCAUGACACAAGCAUUUUCAAUCUAUGAAGAUGAAAUUUCUGAUUCCAAGUCACAACUUGCAGCAAUAACGUUGAUAAUAUCGACUGUUGAGCAAAUGACAUGCUUUAGUGAAGAAAAUGCUGAGCCAUUGAGAACAAAUUGUGCAUUGGCUGCAUCAAAACUACUUAAAAAGGCUGACCAAUGCAGAGGAGUUGUAACAUGUGCAAGCUUAUUCUGGAGCGGUAAGAAAGACAACGAAGAAAUGAGAGAUGAAAAGAGAACACUUGAAUGCUUAAAGAAAGGUGCUCGAAUUGCCUCACAAUGCUUGGAUAUUAAUGUCCAAGUUCAGUUAUACGUUGAGUUGCUGAAUAGCUAUUUGUAUUAUUUCGAACGAGGUAAUUCGCAAAUUACUGUUUCCAUGCUUAAUCAGUUAAUUACAAAAAUUAAUGAAGAACUUCCAAAUCUUGAUAAAUCAGAGGAGACGAAGCAGAUUGAAAGACAUUUUAACAAUACUUUGGCACACAUUAAGAGCAGAAUGGAGUCUAAUUUGGAGAUAUCAUUUGCUGGAAUAACAAUUUAAUUAAAAUCUUUUUAAAGUGUACGUCCUCAACUUGUUAUUUAUAUAUUCAGACUUUAUAUUAUAUUAAUCUGUGUUUAUUUUAUAAUUAUUCCAAUUAGUUUUUACCUAAAAUAACAAUACGCAAUUCUUUUUAUUAGAUUAUCAAAAAUUUAUUUCAAUUCAUUUAUUCUUUGUUUUUUGUAAAACGAGAAAGAUCCUAAUACAUAUACAUAAAAUGGUACAUAAAGUUUUACUCAAAUACAUCAUCGUUUUGUUUUACUCUUUUAAAUCAUUUUUCGAUGCUUUUACUUUUCAUUUGAUCAUAUUCAUAUUUUGUAAAUAAAUUUGAACACAAAAUGUUAUUUAUUUUUUAAUAUAAGAUUUUAGCAUAGGCAGCAAUUGUGCACAUCAAACUUUACACGAACAUUAUUAUUAGGAGAAGAAUUGAUCAAAAACUUGAUUUAACAGUUGAAAUUAAUAAAUUUUGAUUUUCAAAUUUUUGCACAUUAAUUUUAAGUUUUUGGAUCAAUGGCAUGAAAUUCAAGUUUCAAUUUAUAGACACAAAUAUAAAAUCUGCAUUUGUGACUUCAUCAUUUCAAAUAUGUUUAUGAAUUAAAAUUCAAUUAAGAUUUAGAGUUCGACACUUUGACCCUAAAACAAAUAUCAAAUGCGCAUUGGAUACAGAAAAUUUUGAAUUAUUCAAAUCGAGUUAUUAGUGAUCAAUUAGUUCGCAUACAUUUUUGAGGACACAAAUAUUUUGAAUCAAUGAAGGGCAGUAGAGUAAGAGUGCGCUAAGAGAUUAUUUAAUGGAUGAAUUAUCAAUACGUAAUAAUUUUUUUUUAUAAUGAACAGAUUAAUAAUCGUUUAAAAUCCUAAACAACUAGAAGAACACUAUAAAUUAAAUAAAACAUCUAUAUCGAUCUAUAGUUGGGAUUCAGAGACAAAAAUAAUGAACAAUACGGUUUUUUAUCAUCAUCAUUUAACAUAUUUGACAUCAAUUCAAAAAUGCUCUAUUAGCAAAUGUCAAUUGAAUAAAGCAAUAAUUUGUUGCUUAUAGAAAAAUUUUCAUACUUUUCUUAUUAACGAAUGGUAAUAAAAAUAAUAAUAAUAAUAGUAAUAACUUUUUUUCAUUAAUUAGUUGGCACAUUGAAUUAAUUAUUUUUUUUUUGCAUUUAUGCUGUUUUGUGCUUUAAAAUCCUUCAUUAUUUCAUUAUUAACUUGACUUGACUUGCAUUAAUGCACCCAUAUCACUUUUAUAAGAACACUUUACUUUAAACUCUGUUGCUGCGCUUCAUAUGUGAUCUAACUUUUCUAGCUUGUUUUCUAUCAUGAUGAUCAGCCAUAGCUGCAAUCACGUAAUCUUCAAUACCACACUCAUUUGUUCCUCUUGCAAUACGGAAGAAACCGUCUGUAAUGGUAAUUUUUAUUACAUAAAAUAAAAUCAUGAUGUUCAUGAAAUGAAAUCAGAACUUACUUUCACCCCACCAUCUUCCCCAGCUGUUAGCUGCAAUCCAAUAUUUUGCAGUUUGAUAUCCAUUGCUCUCUUCUCCCCAUCCGAUGAGACGAACUGAAUGGAAGCCUUUGGGUUUUUGAUCGACAAAUUGAGAUUUACGAUAAAUGCCCGAACGAUAGGUAAAGAAAUCUGGAUAAACCCACAUAGUGGCUGUUUUGUGAUGGAAUAAGAUGAGAAAACAAAAAAAAAAGAAUUCAAAUUUAAUGGAUAUGAUGAUUCAAUCUUCUUUGCGUUAUAUUAUUUAUAUUUUUUUAAAUAAUGCGUUUUGGGAAUAUUUUUGAUAUGUCUGACUAUUCAGUAGAAAAAUAUUGGGAAGCCUGGAAAUGAAUUUUAUAGUAAGUCGCUUUCGAAAAAUGCGCUUUGAACUCAAUACCAAUCAAUCUUUAAUACACAGUAAGUGCAUCAAACAACAAACCUUGAACUGGUCCAUAAGUAGAA